CUCUCCUGGCGUCAUUUAAAUUUAAACGUCCAAUAAAGAAACGCCGCCAAAUAAUCAGCAGACAUUUUAUCUGAAUUGUUCGAUAAUUUUAAUUAAAAGGCUAAUAAAUAAACAAAGGGAGAAAAAUUUUAGUAAGAAAUUGAAUGAAACUAAAGGGGAACAUGAAUACAUCGGCACAAAACCAAUCACAGUCGCAGCCGCCGCGUAAAACGAAUGAACACAUUCAGGUUUACGUGCGAGUAAGGCCAUUGAAUCGCCGUGAAAAAUGCAUACACUCCACAGAAAUUGUAGAGGUAGUGUCACACAAGGAAAUUGUGGCUCGUCAUUCUUUGGAAUCAAAAUUAACCAAAAAGUUUACAUUUGAUCGUACGUUUGGUCCCGAAUCAAAACAAGUCGAUGUCUAUGCAGCCGUGGUGGGUCCCCUCAUCGAGGAGGUGCUGUCCGGAUACAAUUGCACAGUGUUUGCUUAUGGUCAAACUGGUACUGGCAAAACACAUACAAUGGUGGGCAAUGAGUGUGCCGAGCUAAAAUCCUCAUGGGAAGACGACUCGGAUAUUGGCAUCAUACCCCGUGCAUUGUGUCAUCUUUUCGAUGAGCUACGUAUGAUGGAACUGGAAUUUUCUAUGCGUAUAUCUUAUUUGGAAUUGUAUAAUGAAGAGCUUUUCGAUUUGUUGUCCACUGACGAUUCUACCAAAAUACGUAUUUUUGAUGAUAGCACCAAAAAGGGUUCAGUUAUUAUACAAGGCCUUGAGGAAAUACCGGUUCACAGCAAAGAUGAUGUUUAUAAAUUACUGGAGAAAGGCAAAGAACGUCGUCGCACAGCUUCAACUUUAAUGAAUGCCCAGUCGUCACGUUCUCAUACCGUAUUCUCGAUUGUUGUUCAUAUUAAAGAAAACGGCAUUGAUGGUGAGGAAAUGUUGAAAAUUGGCAAACUUAAUUUGGUGGAUUUAGCUGGUAGUGAAAAUGUUUCCAAGGCUGGCAAUGAAAAAGGAGUCCGUGUGCGAGAAACUGUUAACAUCAAUCAAUCGUUGUUGACUUUGGGAAGAGUUAUAACAGCAUUGGUAGAACGUACGCCACACAUACCAUAUCGUGAAUCGAAACUUACUCGACUUUUGCAGGAAUCAUUGGGUGGUCGAACAAAAACAUCCAUUAUUGCGACAAUCUCACCUGGGCACAAAGAUAUUGAAGAGACUCUAAGUACCCUCGAAUAUGCUCAUCGUGCCAAAAACAUUCAAAAUAAGCCGGAAGUUAACCAAAAACUCACCAAGAAAACUGUACUCAAGGAAUAUACUGAGGAAAUUGACAAACUUAAAAGGGACCUCAUGGCAGCUCGUGACAAGAAUGGUGUCUAUUUGGCCACAGAGACAUACAAUGAAAUGACCCUGAAAAUGGAUUCUCAAACAAGAGAGCUUAAUGAAAAAGUUCAUUUACUAAAGGCUCUAAAAGAUGAAUUGGCCUCUAAGGAGAAAAUCUUCAAUGAAGUUAGCUUGAAUUUAAUUGAAAAGACUGCAGAAUUACAGCAAAAGGACAAUCGUUUGAGGUCAACCAAGGGAGAAUUAAUAGAAACAAAGAAAGUUUUGAAAAAUACCAAACGACGUUACAAAGAGAAAAAGGUGUUGCUUGAAUCACAUGCCAAGACUGAGGAGGUAUUAAAAGAUCAGGCCACACAGAUAUUGGAAGUUGCUGAUAUUGCCACAAAGGAUACGGAAGCAUUGCAUGAAACCAUUGACAGACGCAAAGAUGUUGAUGUUAAAAUACAAACUGCCUGUGAACGUUUUACUGAACGUAUGAAUGAAAACUUUGAUCAGAUGGAUGAAACCCUUAAACAGUACGAGGGAAAACAAAUUAGUUUAACUCGUUGCAUGGACGAAGAAUUGACCAAAACAUCCAGUGUUCAGUCAAAACUCAUAGACGCCACCAGUGAACAAAUCAAAAGUAUUAAACAAAUAUUAGACUCCUACGAAACUUCAAUGAGCAGUAUGACAGAAAAUCUUUGUUCUACCCUCACAAAUACGGGACAACAACAAAAUACAUCAAUUAUUAAUUUCUUGAAACAAUUAAAAGAAAAGGAAUUACAGUUUAAAACUCAGAUAAAAGAAAACUUGGAGGCGAUUGAGUGCACGAAUGAGCAGCAACAAAUAGCCUUAAGUGGUAUGCGUGAUUCUAUAAAGGAAAAACUUGAAGAAAGCAACACCAAAUUGCAGCAACACACGAAACGUAUACAAACCGAAAUGGAUGCCAUCAAACAGAAAACAUUAGAAAAUACACAAGAACUACAGAAAAUUUCUACAAACCUUACUGAGCAAAGAACUCUAGUAGAAGAGGAACAAAAACUAUUGGAAGAUUUUCAAAAUAAAAUGCAAGAAUUGCACAAAAAACAUACAGCGUGUUCCAAUAACAUCAAUACGAAUGUUGAAACUUUGGAAAAGGCCCAACAAUUUGUCACCACUCAACUAGAGGGAUCAUCUAAAUUGCAACAAGUCUUUUUGGAAAAGAAUGCCAAGGCUUUAGAAAAUAACUGUCUUUUAGUCGAUAAACUUAGAGAUCAAAUUGAACUUCACAUUGAUCAGAAUGUUGCAAAGUGUUCCACACUUACCAUACAAUUAGACAAUAAAGUUCAAGAGACGUCUAAAGCACUGGAAUCUCAGAUUGUAAUUGCGGACCAACAUUACACACAAACAACGGAAACACUUAAAGAAUAUGGCCCUCAAGUGAAACGAAUUUGUUCGGAACGUAGGGAGCAACAUAACGGCAAAACAGAUCUCAUUCUAAACUCAUUACAGAAUCAUGUCAAACAAACUGUUGAAAAUGUAUCCAUUAUUAAAAGUUUCAACUGUUCAUUGCAACAAAAAUUGAAAGAUUAUACUAAAGUACAUAAAGAACAAAUGCAAUCCUGUGCUCAAGAUGUGGAAACAUUCCGUAAAAGUGAAAUCAAGACGUACACAGCAACUGGAGCUACGCCUUCGAAAAAGGAUUUCAAAUAUCCUCGAGUUUUGGCAGCAACAUCUCCACAUUCGAAUAUUGUUAAACGUUUUCGCCAGGAAAAUGAUUGGUCAGAUCUUGAUAUGACAAUACCAUUGGAUGAGGAAAGUGAAACUGAUAUUGAAAAUUCUAUAUCGGAUACCGAAACAAUUUUAAAUUCUACACCAGUUGAAACAGAAAUCGUGCCACCAAAAAGAAAUUCUUAUGUAACGCAGAGAAAAUCCGAUCGCAAUUCCAACUUAUUAAAAGUGCCACCACAAAGCAACAGUCGUUCAGGAUCACCAGCCGACAGUAUAUCACCACGCAAGGGUUCUUCAAGAACAAAUUCACCAGCUUAUUUAAAGCAAAAUAAAGAAAAUAUAACGACCUAAUCAACUUGCUACUUAAUGCAUAAUUCUCAAAUGUCGUUUUAAGAAUUUAGUAUUUUUGUUUAUUUAAUUUUUAUUUUUUCUAUUGAAAAUAUCAUCAACACGUUUUCGUAUAGUCAUACUACUGCUUAUAUAUUUUAAUUAUUCUAAUUUAAUAUAGCUUGUAUAUAGAAAGAGAUUUGGCAUACAAGUUUUUAAUUUAAUCCAUUUUACAUGAUUGAUGCAAUGAAAUGUGUUGUGUAAUAUGUUCCUUUUCACUCAUAUAUGCAUUUGUAUUUCGUUUAUAUUCUCCCUCCUCUCUUGUAUGAAAAUAAAUAGUAUUUAAAUAAAUAAUAUUUUUUAACAUUAAAUGAAAA